CGCACACCCCACCCUCAUGCAUGAAGCACCCAUGGCUGACUCGGCACUCAACCACUCCUGGCCGGCUCUCUCCAAACUGUGGCUGAAGAGAUGGGCCUUCAAGCGAGGCUCUGAGUCCAAGCCAUGUAUCCAGCCCUUUGACUCUGGAACUGCAGCCUUGGCCACCAAAAGCAGCUGUGCACCCUGGAGACCUGAGAAUCCAGAUUUCUUCUCAACCAUGGAGGAUGAGCAGGAAGAUGCUCUUGGUGAGAGCUCAGAAGACCUGAGCCUGGAUCUAGGGGUGCUGGAGGGCAGUGAAUAUCUCCGGGAUUUGGGCUUAGGGGCCCCUUUCCUCGACAGCCAGCCUGGAGGGGCUACAGAUCCUGGGACACCAAGCAAAGAUGUUAGAAGAGAGUCACCCUGCUCAAGCUCCGAUGGAGCACAAGCGCUGCCUCGGAGACGCAGCUGGGAGAGAUCACGAAGCUGCUCAGAAAGCUGUCGGAGGCUCAGCCUAGAUGCCUCCACAGGGGAAGAAGGUGCCUGUCUCCCUCGGACCCUGGCUAGCCUUGCUCUCAAUCUGUCUGGAGAAGGGUUGAAGAUAUGGACCCAAGGCUGCCUGUCUCAGGGUGGGACCCCAACAGGAUACCCAAGCAAGGAAUGUACCAGUUCCGAGAAAAGGCUGAGGUCGAAGUCAGUCCCCCUGUCCUGUAAGGAGAUCAGCUGUCUGGAACUGGCUCCGGGUGUGUGCACCUCGCCCGUGCAAGGCUUCGAACCUCCUGUGCUGGAGUGCUUGGAAAAGGACCACGUGGAGCCAGAUCAUGUGUUGAUUGUUCAGCAAGUACUUCAAGAACUGAGGCAGUACCAUGGGGCCCGACAGCGUGCUCACAUGUCCACCAGUCCUGGAGGAGCCCACUCCAACCUCACCUGGUUUGAGUUCCUGUCUGAGAGUGAGGAUGGUGGAGGGAAGAAUGAGAAGACGGACAAGAGCACCAGAGUCAAGCGCAGUCUGAGUUCCCUCCGCAGCAGGGUCACCAGGCAGAAAGAGAAGGGGAAGAGCCCAGCACCACUAAAGGAAAAGGUUCCAGAUGCUCGAGAAAGACGAGAGUGUGUCAACGGACACCAGCUGGUGCGAGGGACCUUCUCAAGUCACUCCAACUGUCCACUGUGUGGCAAACCUUUGCUGAGUUCUGCGUCGCUGAAGGAGCACCCUCGUAGCGCACUCCUGUCCGAUGGCAGCAGCCCAGCGCCGUCCAGGAAUGUCGGCAUGACCGUCUCUCAGAAAGGGGGUCCCCAGCCAACACCAAGCCCGACCGGAUCUGGGGUGCGACUCGGACCAGUCACUGGAGACAUGGAUGAAGCUGACUCCGUGUUUUUAAAAUUGAAGCAGGCAGCUGACGACUCUUUGUCACUUGCGUCCUCGAAUGCUGAGUCUGUUUUCAUAGAAGAUCCCUAUAUUGCCUCCCUGAGGUGUGAAAUUGAAUCAGAUGCCCACGAAUUCGAGGCGGAGUCCUGGAGCCUCACAGUGGACUCGGCAUAUGCCAAGAAACAAAAAAAGGAGGUUGUAAAAAGACAAGACGUCCUGUAUGAGCUGAUGCAGACGGAGGCACACCAUGUACGCACGCUCAAGAUCAUGCUGAAAGUGUACUCCAGGGCCCUGCAGGAGGAGCUGCAGCUGAAUACCAAGGCAGUCAGCCGCCUCUUCCCCUGUGCAGAUGACCUCCUGGACUUACACAGCCACUUCUUGGCCCGGCUCAAGGAGCGCCGCCAGGAGGCCCUGGAGGAAGGCAGUGAACAGAAUUACAUCAUCCAGAAAAUCGGCGACCUCCUAGUCCAGCAGUUCUCAGGAGAAAACGGGGAGAGGAUGAAGGAGAAAUAUGGCGUGUUCUGUAGCGGCCACAAUGAAGCACUCAGUCACUACAAGCUCCUACUGCAACAGAACAAGAAAUUUCAAAAUUUGAUCAAGAAAAUUGGCAACUUCUCCAUUGUGCGGCGGCUAGGGGUGCAAGAAUGUAUCCUUCUGGUUACGCAGCGUAUAACCAAGUACCCAGUGCUGGUGGAACGCAUCAUUCAAAACACGGAAGCUGGCACCGAGGACUAUGAAGACCUCACCCACGCCCUGAACCUCAUCAAAGACAUCAUCUCACAAGUGGAUGCCAUAGUCAGUGAGUGUGAGAAGGGCCAGCGCCUCAGGGAGAUUGCAAGCAAGAUGGACCUCAAGUCAUCCAGCAAGCUCAAGAACGGGCUCGCCUUCCGCAAGGAGGAUAUGCUGCAGCGCCAGCUCCACCUGGAAGGCACCCUGUGCUGGAAGUCCACAUCAGGACGAUUGAAAGAUGUCCUGGCCGUGCUGUUGACUGAUGUGCUGCUGCUGCUGCAAGAAAAAGAUCAGAAAUACGUCUUUGCUUCUGUGGACUCAAAACCACCCAUCAUCUCUCUGCAAAAGCUCAUCGUGAGGGAAGUGGCCAAUGAGGAGAAGGCCAUGUUUCUGAUCAGUGCUUCCCUGCAAGGGCCAGAGAUGUAUGAGAUAUACACCAGUUCCAAAGAAGACAGGAACACCUGGAUGGCCCAUAUCCGCCGAGCUGUGGAAAGCUGUCCUGCUGAGGAGGAGGGGCCCUUCGGUGAGGCUGAGGAGAAAAGGAUGAUGGAAGCACGUGCCCUGAGACUCCGGGACUUCCAAGAGCGACUGAGCCUAAAAGACCAACAGAUUGCACAGAGCCUCUUGGAAAAGCAGCAGAUCUACCUGGAGAUGGCCGAGCUGGGCGGGCUGGAUGAGUCAGCCCAGUGCAGUGGCCUUUUCCGAGGAGGCAGCGACCCCUCUGAGACCCUGCAGGGGGAACAGAUCCUCAGGUCGGCCAUGAGUGAGAUUGAGGGUAUCCAGAGCCUAAUCUGCCGACAGCUGGGCAGUGUCAACAGCCAGGUAGAGGAAGGAGGCGGCUCUGUGGGACUGCCUCGAAGGGCUGAGACCUUCGGGGGCUAUGACAGCAUGGGCAGCCCCAGUAAGAAUGGCAGCUUUAAGAAGAAAGUAUGCAACAGUGACCCCAGGCCUCAAGACUGGCAGGGGUCUGCCACCAGUCCAGACUCCAAGCCCUGUGAUGGAGACAUGCCAGGGGGCUUCAAGGAGUCACCACAGCUGGUGGAUAUGUCUAGAACAGAAACUGGCUGCCGUCUACCCUCGAUCCUGGAGUCUGAAUUGGUCCAGCGGAUCCAGACACUAUCACAGCUGCUCCUUAGCCUCCAGGCGGUCAUUGCGCAACAGGACAGCUAUGUGGAGAUGCAGCGAGUGGCCAUCCAGGAGCGUGAGAAGCAGUUCCGGCUGCAGUCGACGCGUGGGAACCUGCUGCUGGAGCAGGAACGGCAACGCAACUUUGAGAAGCAACGUGAGGAGAGGGCAGGUGUGGAGAAGCUGCAGAACCAGCUUCGUCAGGAGCAGCAGCGCUGGGAGCGGGAGCGCAUGCGCCAGCAGCAGGAGCUGGAGUUGGCAGGGGCACGGCUGCAGGAGCGCGAGGGUGAGGCACUCCAGCUGCGCCAGCGGCUAAACCAGGAGCGCACGGAGCUGGAACGGCAGCGCCAGGCCUACCAGCAUGACCUGGAAAGGCUGCGUGAGGCCCAGCGCUCCGUGGACCGAGAACGGGAGCGCCUGGAACUGCUGCGCAGGUUCAAAAAGCAAAACACAGCACCGGGGGCACUGCCCCCGGAGGCGCUGGCAGAGAUCCAGCCUCCAAACCACCCUCCUAGCUUCAAUGGGGAAGGAUUGGAUGCAUCCUCGACCCUGGCCAAGGCACCAGCGACCCGAGGGAGCAUGCUGCUGUCUAGCACCGGACCUGAGUACCUAGAGCGUGCUGAGGUGGCCCGCCGGGACAGCACCCUUGCUGAGAGCCGGCCAGCCAAGAGUGAUGUGCCCAUCCAGCUGCUCAGCACCACCAACCAGAUCCAAAGGCAGACGGCUGUACAGCAGCAGAUCCCCACCAAACUGGCUGCCUCCACCAAGGGCAGCAAGGACAAAGGUGGCAAGAGCCGGGGUUCCCAGCGCUGGGAGAGCUCAGCAUCCUUCGACCUUAAGCAGCAGCUGCUUCUCACCAAAUUCAUGGGCAAGGACGAGCCUGCUUCCCGAAACCGCCGGUCACUCAGCCCCAUCCUGUCCACCACCCACGGCUCUGCCCCUGUCCCAGACCCUUGCUUCCCAGCCCUGAGCCCAUCUCCAGCUGCUGUCCCCCCUGACACCUUCAAGUCUGGAAGCACAUCCCUGCCACCCACAUCCCCAGCCCCCUCGCUGCCAGCCACACCACUUAGCGCCAAGGAUGAAGUCAGCAAAGAAGACGUUAUCUUCUUCUGAGGGCGGCUAUAGCCCCAGGAGUAGACUCCCUCUCUAUCCUGAUCACCCUCAAUGUCUCUGAGGACCCCAUGGGUGACUCUGCCCAUCCAGCCAUCCUCUCCUCUACCCAAGCACACCCAGGCACCUACCUGCCUGAGGUUGGCCUAUUGGUAUCUUGGGUCUUGCAGCUCUCCAGAGAUUUAAGCAGUAAAGCCUGGGUAGCUUCCUGAA